AUGACCACAUUGAUUUUAAGGUUUUCACUCGGUUUCCAUUUAGAUCUUGAUUUGGAUUACAAGCUUGAAUCAUCCUGUGAACUGGCACCGGAUCGUCCCUUCGACGAUGCGAGGUCUCCGACACCAUUCCAAUUACCGUUCCCGCCUUUUGGAUUGUUUCCCCAUGUCGGAGAAGAUUUUUUAAAAAGGAAUUAUUCUUUGGUAGGGUUUUUGCAACGUCAAGGUCUCAUACGAUCUCCGGCACCGGAAGAAAAUCAAAAUAUCGGAAUCCUAUCUAAUCCUUAUCGUUGCAUUAUUUGUUUGGCCUCUUUUCCGUCUGCUUGGCUAUUAGAACAACACAAUAACAUUCAACAUCCGUCGAAUCAAAGAAAUUCCGAAUCGGGAAGUCCCGGAGAAGAUAAACCCUUUAAAUGCGAACAAUGCGGACAAAAUUAUCGCUAUCGGUCGGCUUAUCUCAAACAUCAAGAACAAAAUCACAAGGCUAGACUUCCGGCGGACAAAGUUUUCACCUGUGACGUUUGCGGAAUGCAAUUCCGAUACUUAAAGUCUUUCAAAAAACACAGACUGAAUCACACGUUGGAAAAACUUCAUUCGAAAUCAUCCAACGGUAAUGCUUUUUCGCGAAUUAUGAAAAGCAACGGCGUCGAAACGGAAAAACGUUUUAAAAUAAUUCCCGAACCCGCGACCGGAUCCGGUUCGAGAACGUCUUCCUUGUUUCGUUCGAACUCUGUCGAUGACGACGAUGAUGACGACGACGACAACGUCGACGACAUCGUCGACGACGAGGGCAACAACGAAAAACGAACAAUAAAAGACAGCGGAAGGAUCACGGCUCCUCCUCGAACGGAUUACGGAGACAACGAUGAUCGAGUCGCAAAAUCGAACGUUUUUACCGAUCCUAAAAAGGAGAGAGCUGCCAGCGUUCCGGUCGAUAAAUCGGAUCAAAUUAACGGAACCCGUUCGAUUGUACGCUCGAUGAAAAAUCCGGCAUCGAAAACGAAUCGGGGAUCAAAUGAUUUGGAUGAUCGAGAUGAAACGAUAAUCGAUUCCUUGGAAUGCGUUUUUCCAGGGCGCGGAGUACCGAAUAAAAUUCAAAGCGACUCUUCGGCAUUCGUUAAUUUGUUUCACGGGGAUCCAAUGGAAAGGCAAAAGGAGAACAACAAUAAAUUUUCGUGUCCUUUUUGCGGUAAAUGCGUGAGAUCGAAGGAAAAUUUAAAACUUCACAUAAGGAAACACACGGGAGAACGUCCUUUCGUGUGUCUUUUUUGCGGGAGAGCAUUCGGAGGUAAAAGUGAUUUGACCCGUCAUUUGAGGAUCCACACUGGAGAGAGGCCUUACCAUUGUGAAAUGUGUGGAAAAUGCUUUGCCCGCGCUGAUUAUUUAUCCAAACAUUUGACCACCCACAAUUCUCCUCGUUCUUCUUCUUUUUCUCAUAUGAAUUCUCGUUAA